AUUUUAGAUUUGUUGAAAUGUUUUUAGAAGAGAAUUUGAUUUCUUUGUAAUAAUAGUUUUUAGUUUGUAGGGAAGUAUUUUAUUUUAGAAAAAACGAAAAAAAAAACGUGAAAUCAUAAUUUUCCUCAUUCCAAAUUUACAGUGAAAGUGUUCAGGAAAGAUCAAGGUCUCUGUAAUCGGUUGGCUCCCCCCUCACAGAAUCAAAUCUGUCCCUCCCCUCCACCCCCUUCCACUAUCAACAUAACCUGUCAGGCUGGAUGUGUCAAGUCUUAUUCCACAACAUCUAGUUGUCCGGGGAGGUUGGGGCCAGUGUCUAACGGUGUUUUCCGUGAUAUAGGGACCAACUAAGUGUAUUUUAACAAGCAAUGACGGAUAUCGCCGAGAUCAAACUGUUUCUCCAAGAACAUGGACAGGAGCACCUCCUUCAGUUCUGGGAUAAGCUUAGCAAGGACGACAGAGACGAACUUAUCCAGGAUAUUAAAGAGAUCAACAUUCCUGAAGUCGUCUCGUAUUUCAACAGAUCUUCAGAAAUUCUAAGUGAUGAUCAGGAAAAACUAGAUGAUCGCUUGAAACCUAUCCCUUCUAGUUGCUAUGGUUCUUAUUCCAGAACACCUUCAGACCUUCUUGCCAAUUAUGAAGAAAUAGGACUGAGAGAAAUAGCAGAGGGUAGAGUCGGUGUUUUAUUAAUGGCUGGAGGCCAGGGUACAAGAUUAGGAUCAUUCAACCCAAAAGGCAUGUAUGAUGUAGGCUUACCUUCUCAUAAAAGUCUGUAUCAAAUUCAAGCCGAAAGAAUAAGAAAACUGUGUGAUCUUGCUGAAGAAAGAUCAGGAAACCCAUGUAUAAUCACCUGGUUUAUAAUGACAAGUGAGCAUACUAUGGCUCCUACCGAGGAAUUCUUUGUAAAAAACAACUAUUUUGGAUUGGACAAGAACAAUGUUAUAUUUUUUGAACAAGGUCUUCUGCCCUGCUUCACAUUCGAUGGUAAAAUUAUUCUUGAUAAACCUCACAAAAUUUCACUUGCACCUGACGGUAACGGUGGUAUAUACAGAGCUUUGAGAGAUAAGCAGAUUUUGAACAUUAUCGACUCUCGAGGAAUUAAAUAUCUUCAUUCGCACAGUGUUGAUAAUGUUUUAGUGAAAGUAGCUGACCCAGUUUUCAUUGGUUAUUGUGUCAAAAAAGGUGCAGAUUGUGCUGGAAAAGUUGUGGAAAAAGCAUUCCCAGCUGAACCACUCGGAGUAGUAUGCAGUGUAGAUGGUAAAUAUCAAGUAGUUGAAUACAGUGAGAUAACUCAUAAAACUGCCGAGAUGAGGAACAAUGACGGUCGAUUAACAUUCUCAGCUGGUAACAUAUGUAAUCACUUCUUCACUGCAGAUUUCUUGAGAAGAAUAGCCGAAAAACACGAACCAGAGUUGAAGCUUCAUGUGGCCAAAAAGAAGAUUAAGUAUAUCGACUCAGAUGGAAAACGCUGCGAACCAGAAAAACCUAAUGGUAUUAAAAUAGAAAAAUUUAUUUUUGACGUUUUUCCAUUUUCUAAAAGCUUGGUGGUAUGGGAAGUGAAUCGUGAAGAUGAAUUUAGUGCUCUCAAAAACGGAGACUCUGCUGAUAAAGAUAAUCCAACUUCAGCACGUAAGGAUGUGUAUUCAUUGCAUAGGAGAUUCAUUGAAGCAGCUGGUGGUAAAUUCGAAGAUGGCCCAGUUGUUUGUGAAAUUUCUCCUCUGGUUUCUUAUGCAGGAGAAGGUCUUGAGCCUAUUGUUAGUGGUAAAGUGUUCAAAUCUCCCCUUUAUUUGCGCGCUCCUGAUGAAUGACUUAAUUAUAGAGAAUAGAAACUGGUUUAAGACUGUCUCUUUUGAGACAACCUGGCUGAAAAUAUGUUCUAUCUGUCCUCGAUCCAAUGCGGAUUAUUGUUUAUGACCUGCCCAUAAAUGAAAUUAGAAUAUUUUUAUUUAUAAAUAAAUAUACAGUUCCUACUAUCAUCACAUGUGAGAUUAAUAUUUUUAGUUAUAUAAAAAAUAAAGCAUUUUGAGUUCAGAAUUAUAACAGCUUAUGGUUUAAGGGUAUGGAUUUUUUAAAAUAUAAAUAUAGGGCUUGAGUACUUAAAAUAAGUACUAGUUACUGCUUGUUAUCUGCUGAAGGAGUUUUGCUUUUUAAUAAAAAUAGCAAAAUUCAAUUCAAUAUAGAAAGUUACCACUUUAAUGACACAAAUUGUAAAUAAAAUUAUGGCACUAUUUGAAAAUUCUAUUGUACAAAGUGUUAUAUUUUUAUAUAAAUUUGAAAUUUAAGUGCAGUAAUAUACUUUAUAAGUUU